AUGGGUAUAUACCUCAGUUCUCCCAAAACUGAAAAGUUCUCUGAGGAAGGUGAGAAUGGCAGACUUAGAUAUGGGUUAUCAUCAAUGCAAGGGUGGCGUGCAACAAUGGAAGAUGCUCAUGCGGCACAUACUGAUCUGGAUGCUUCCACUUCCUUUUUUGGAGUUUAUGAUGGCCAUGGAGGUAAGGUCGUUGCUAAGUUUUGUUCAAAGUUUCUUCAUCGACAAGUGCUGAAGCAUGAAGCGUAUUCAGCUGGGGAUAUAGGAACUUCAGUUCAAAAAGCCUUUUUCAGAAUGGAUGAGAUGAUGCGUGGACAAAGAGGGUGGAGGGAAUUAGCUGUUUUGGGAGAUAAAAUAAAUAAAUUCACUGGCAUGAUAGAGGGUUUAAUUUGGUCUCCAAGAGCUAGUGAGGGAGCUGACCAAGUUGAUGAUUGGGCUUUUGAGGAGGGGCCUCAUUCUGAUUUUGCUGGACCAACUUCUGGGAGUACAGCUUGUGUAGCCAUUAUCAGAGAUAACCAACUUGUAGUUGCAAAUGCUGGUGAUUCUCGUUGCGUAAUUUCUAGGAAGGGUCAGGCAUACAAUCUCUCUAGAGACCACAAACCUGACCUUGAGCUUGAGAGAGAGAGGAUUUUAAAAGCUGGUGGAUUUAUUCAUGCAGGACGGGUCAAUGGCAGUCUAAAUCUUGCAAGAGCUAUAGGUGACAUGGAGUUCAAGCAGAAUAAGUUUUUACCUGCUGAAAAGCAAAUUGUCACUGCCAGUCCAGAUAUAAAUACGGUAUGUCUUCUUAUUCUUGUGAUUAUUUCAAUAUCACACAAUUGGUUUGUAUUGGUCGAGCUCUGUGAUGAUGAUGAUUUUAUUGUGCUGGCAUGUGAUGGCAUCUGGGAUUGCAUGUCAAGCCAGCAACUGGUGGAUUUUAUACAUGAACAGUUGAAUUCCGAAAGCAAGCUUUCUAUGGUAUGUGAAAGAGUACUUGAUCGAUGUUUAGCACCAUCUACGGCCGGAGGUGAGGGAUGUGACAACAUGACCAUGAUAUUGGUGCAGUUUAAGAAACCCAUUCAGUCAACUGCAGCUGCAGACGAUAAAUCAUCGGCUUCUAAGCAAGCUGACACUGAAUCAAAGCCAACUGACAGUGGAUCUAGCUAA